CCCAGGCCAAGCCUAAGCCGGGCCGGAACGUCACUAUGCCUGUCCAUCGGGUCUCUCGGUCUUCUUCGACUCUGGCGCUUCGGAUGCCAACAGUAAGUGCCCCAACACUGUUCCUGAAUGGGGUUCUCGACAUCGGCAAAAGGGGUUUUGCUGUUCGCAUGAAAUGGGACGGCCGUUACUAUGUUCGUGGCCAUGACAAGCUUGUGUGGAAUAGUGGCGAGCCUGGUACGAAAUACACUCCAGAAGAAUUUAGGAGAUACUGGAUCAAUUGGAUGGUCAAGACCGAAUACGAGGCGCAGAUGACAAGACGUGCGAUAGACGACACUGACUGCCAAAAAUAUUUGAGCGACGUAAGGUGGUGGUAUGAACGAGACUAGAUUUUGAUUGCGUAGGAAAAAAUCCAACGAUCCGCCCGUAUGUACUUGGUAGGAUUCAAUCAUGAUCUCUUCCGAUAUCGAUAUUUCGCAAUACAACUUCCCUCGCAUUCUCCGUCCGGUAUUGCACUCUCAGUACCAUGUAAUUCAAGUUAAUUUAUUAGUCUGGAAUUAGGUCAAUAAAAAGAAUGUACCUUUCUCGAUAUUCCAAUGAAUGUUCUAUGCGGCGAAUGAAGAUGAAAAUUUACUGUUCGUCGUGUCCCAAAAACGCAGCGCGCGCAGUGUCCGUCCAUGCCUGAAAUACUCGCCUGGGGUGACUAUGAACUUCGAGCUUCUUCCUUGACUCGGACGUACUGC